UCUUCCGCAGUCUUGUCUUGUUUACAUGAGCCGUGAUCUGAGGCACAGUCAGUCCAGUGUUUUGUGAAGAUGACGGACGUGAAAGCAGAGAAUAUUAGCUCCAUCCCUAUCGACGGCUUCAGUCAUUUAAGAAUCACGUCAAUAUGGACGUUUCUCAUGUCUGUACAGUGGUCGGAGCCUUGGCUAAUCGGGCUGUUGGUGUUUCAUGUUAUGUGUUUGUGUGUGACGGUGGUGACCUGCAGGUACUACAGAGCUCAGAUCUGCCACUUUCUGCUCAUGGUUGGGAUGGUGUAUAGUGCUGAAUAUCUCAAUGAGCUGGCAGCUAUGAACUGGAGGUCUUUUUCUAAUUUCCAGUACUUCGAUUCCAAGGGCAUGUUCAUAUCAUUGGUUUAUUCGAUUCCUCUUUUGCUCAAUACAGUCAUCAUUGUGAUGGUGUGGGUGUACAGGACCUUUUCCACUAUGACUGAGCUGAAGACACUGCAGCUGAAGCGAAAGGCCCGCAAAGAGAAGAGAGAGAAGAAUGACUGAUCUCUUCCAUUAUGUCUGUAAAUGGGCUUUACCAAGAGGAGCUCAGAAUCCCUCCUUUGCAAAUCCUGAAUUUUAUAGAUGGAAGACAGAUUCCUCCUGGUGACUGUAAAAAGGAUGGUUUGUUGAUGUCAGGGCUGGAUGUCUGUUUCUGAUAAUGACUGUUGGAUGGUGCUGCCGAAUGUGCUGUACACUACGAGAUUUACGAGGACCAAAGGACAGUUACUGUUUUGUAUUUAAUGUUGUUUUAACUUGUGUUAAGAUAUACAAAAAAGAUAAAGCAUUUUUGUAUUA